UAGUCUCUUCUAGCCAUUCACUCUCACCAUACACUCUUACAUUUUAUGUCACGGGGCGAUUUCAGCCCUAUAUUCUGCAUUCUUCAGAGGCUAUUCAGGCGUUUUAUACUCACGAUCUCACAAAUAUCUCGCUUGCCCAUACAUCCUUACACUUAUCAUUCUUACCCUCAUAGUCCCAUGUACACCACCCACAAGCCACACAACUAUCCUUAGUAGUAAGAUCUUACCAACGACUGAGUCCACAACCGUCCAGUCCAAACCCUCUAUGCUAUCUUUGAAACCUUAGUCUUUUAACCACUCAGCAAGGCCUCAAAAGUCUUAAUCAUGACUAUCCCAGAAUUUCAUAUGGGAGUUAAGGGUUUAGAUCAGAAACGAGAGGAAUUUAAUGAUCUGUUAGUUUACAAUUUAGGAAGGAAGAAUAAUGUGUAUGUUUGUUUUGCCAUAAAUCAUCUACUUCACUUCUCAUUCCAGAAUCUCGGAAGAAAAAAAGUGAUUUGGGUAUGGAUAGAUGGAAUGAAUAUACAGCUGUGUCAACUAAACACCCCAAUUCACAGCAGUACAUUUGAUCUUUGCGGCAAAAUGCCUUCACAUAUGGACGCGAAUAAAAGAGCAAAAGUUUGGGAUGAGGAAUUACAUUUUAUAAAAGCGGGUCACAGGGAGAUGGGGAUUAUGAUGAGUCUUAUUCAAACCGAGCGUCUUUUUGGAAUUACGGUGUUGUUGCAGUGAUAAUGGAUAUGAUGCUUUGUGUUUUAAUACGAAGGCUGGCUGCUCCGAUCACAAGUAAACUAUGGUAGAGGAGAGAACGUACAGUAAUCUCGAGCAAUUAGGAAAAGGGAAGCGUGUAAGAGCCUUGUUCAUCUUUUUGAGAUUGAUAAGGAUGCGAAAGCUAUUAAUUACUAGGUAUGUAGGAGAGCAAUAAUGACGAAUGAACGAGGGGGAUGAAUAAUGAUGGUAUGUCAGAAGUGGUAUGGUCGCAAAUAAUAUUCAAGCUUUGAAGCUGCGGAUGGAGGGCAUGAAGGGUGUAGAGGUAUACAUGGAAAAUAGGGCGAGUAA